AUUUACUUGUCUUUUGUCGUCUAUAAAUACCUCGACGCCGAUGGCUCUUUCCUCUCACCGCCUUCCCCAUCUUUGCAAACAACCUCUCAAUCUCUAUCUGAAACGCCAUUGGCAAAAGCUACAGCCUACAGGCGUAUCGCGGAACAAUCUCUAGUAUUCAUUUAGGCAUCAAAGGGGUUCAUAUUCUGCAGCAGAUUAAUGGACAUAGGGCAGUACUUUGAGGAGGCCAUGGCUCAAAAUGAUUCCUUUGGAGAAGAUAAGUCUUCCCUAGAGAAGUGGACUGCAAUCCCAGAUUCUGAAAACAGCACCCCAGGUUGCUUCGACUGCAACAUCUGUCUAGAGACUGUGCAAGAUCCAGUGGUCACGCUCUGUGGUCACCUCUACUGCUGGCCCUGCCUCUACAAAUGGCUUCAUUUCCAGAGCUCAUCCACUGAAAACCAAGACCUGGAAAAGCAGCAGUGUCCCGUUUGUAAAGCUGAGAUUUCUCAAGCGUCCCUUGUCCCACUCUAUGGCAAGGGCCAGACCACAAAACCUUCUAAAGGCAAGGCUCCCCAUCUUGGUAUGGUCAUUCCUCGAAGACCUCCUGGUCCUGCUUGUGGGGUUGACACCACAGCUAGCGCAUACCAAACUCAGCAACUCUAUCAUGGCAACUAUUCAUAUCAAUCACGGCAAUACCACCCGAACCCAGGAAGUUAUGGUGCUACCUCGUCGACGCUUACUCCCGGUGGUGCAACAACAAAUUCAUUCAAUCCGACGAUCGGUUUCUUCGGAGAAACGAUUUACGCAAGGGUGUUUGGAAACACCAUUACAAAUUUAGAUACGUAUCCAAAUACAUACCACCUUGUAGGGAACACUAGUCCAAGAGUCCGGAGGCAUGUAAUGCAGGUUGAUAAGUCGCUCAGCAGAAUCUGUUUUUUCCUCUUCUGCUGCGCAAUUUUGUGUCUCCUUUCCUUCUGAAUAUCUCUUUCUUCCCCCCCCUCUCCCCCAUUAUAUACCUGUAAAAAUUAUGAGUAUAAGCACAUUCAGCCGGAUGUACUAGAUGUUAGAGAUACUGCACUCCCAGAUCUGGGAUUGUAUGUAAUGUUAUUUUUAUUUACGUAUACUAUCACUAUUUCAUUUAAAA